UGCUUCUUCUGUCAUAGUGACAGCACAUACGGAUUAAUUUUCUAACCUAAAAAUUGAUCGUCAUUGAAUUAUCUGUAUGUAUUUUGCCGAUUUACACUACGAAUUUUGGUGAUUAAUUUGAAUUAAUUUAAUAGUAAUCAAAAAUUACAUGACAAUGACUGAAGAAAUACAAAAGAAAUUGCAAAAGGAGCUAGAGAUUUUCAAUGGCGUCCAAAAAGAGUAUCAUAAGGCCGUUGCCCAGAAACAGCAACUAGAUAGCCAGUUGAAUGAAAAUAAAGCCGUAAAAGAAGAGCUGUUAUUGCUGAAGAAGGAUGCUGAAGUGUAUAAACUAAUCGGACCUGUUUUGGUGAAACAAGACUUGGAAGAAGCCAAACAAAAUGUUUCAAAGCGUAUGGAGUACAUCAACAAGGAAGUAAAGAGAACAGAUGAUCACAUUUCUGCAUUAGAAAACAAACAGGAGGCAUUACAAGAGAACCUCAAUAAGCUUAGAAAUGAUCUCGGAAAGUUAAAAAUUAAGGCAUAAUCUGAACCAGGAAGAUUACACAAACGCUACUUAUUCUAAUGCUUUAUGAAAAAUAUGUUUUCUAACGAAUAUAUCAUAGUAUUUAACUAAUUAAAGUGUUUUGCUUAUAAAAGCUAA